AUGAAUAGUUAUCACAACAACAAGAGGUCUGCACAUGAAGAGCAUGCUCCUGAAAUUGAACUGCCCGCCAAACGCAUGCGCCGAAGUUCUUCAGCGAGUCAAUCGGGACGGAACAAGCCGGAAACGGCCGCUGUCGUCAAGCCCCGAGGGCACCGAAACUCAAGUAGUAGCAAGUCCAAGAUCUCUUCUCUGUCACCCGAGCCUACGAGUAUCGCAGCUGACAUCAAUGAUUCUGUAUUUCAUCCUACAAUGCCUGUGUCACGUGGCCGAGCCAACAGUACGAGUAGUACUGGGUCAGCGGCGUCGCCAGCACCUAAUGCUACUUCAUCUAAGAACA